AUGGAUCCCGUCGAACGUCCUCACCUUCCAUACACCAUCGGGGCUCCUGACUGGAAUCAAUUUUCUGAUUCUGUCAGAUGCCUCGACGAGCGUCCCACCGAGGAUGCCUCCGACUGGCUCUACAGUGUCCUCUCGGUCUUUUCCAAGGUGUACACCGUUGCCAAGAUUGUCGCCACGAUUCUUAUGCAAUACGGGGUCGAGCUGGACGACAUGCCCGACGGCCUUCUAUACCAUGUGAAGCGCACCGAGGAGGUUGUCGGUUCCGACUCAAUUGCGAACCUGAUCGACGCAGUGGAGGGACUGUACUAUGCGCUGUUUGCCAGGUUGAUCAUGGAAAUGGCCAACGUUGAUCUAUGCUCCUGCUUUCACCUCAACCUUCACGGCAUGACCGGCAAGGCUUCCUGCACUUUGCCUGAGCCAACCCACCUAUUCAAGAUCCUCCUGUUCUGCAAGCGCAUGCUCGAAUCUCCUGCCAUUUGUCUGCACAUCCACAAAGAACUCGUGCGACAGCACCAGAGUGAGUAUGUCCGCCGCGCCAUCAGUAGGUUCGAGAGCAUGGGCGUUUUUCUGGAUGAUUUGCUCGGAUACCGUCGUGAUAUCAUGAGCGUGGCUAGCGACAGUUCGUCCGCGUUUCGUCAGAAGUGGACCAACGGCAUUCUGCUUUAUGACAUGCCCCCAGAGGAGGUUCUUACCGUGCUCUCCGAAAGAUACCUGGCCCUAACCCCCAAGGUGACCUUCCAGGACGAAUUGCCUACGUCGGAGCUUCCCUUCGUCAAUUCUGAACUGGCUGACCCGGAAGUCUGGGAGCGCGAGCUGAUCAAGGAUCACCGUCAAGCUACACUGGCUAAGCUGGAGGGUAAGAGUGUUGGCGAUGUUCGGCGUGUGGACGAGCGACGCCGGUUGAGCGACUACGUCAAGGAAAACAAGUGUAUCUGUCGUUCUAGCUGCACUUGCGCCUGGGAUUGCACCUUGGAUCCGGAGCGCCCCUGCCCCUGCGCCGAGAGACAGAUGCGCGUCCUGCUCGUCAAGCGCCGCAAAGGUGUUAGCCCUCGUGAGUUUGGUGCCCGUUGCAGCAGUCUCGCCAAAGCAAUCUUUCAGGGUAUUUCCUGCCUUCGUCGCGACGUCGAGGAUCAGGAGAUUGCGAAAGAGUUUGAUCGCGCGCUUCUGCUGUUCGCCGAGGAGAUCCAGAAGCAGCGACUCACGACUGCCAAGGCGAAUGGAGUGAAAUGCCUGAGUGAUGAUUGA